AUGUCAAAUACCGCAUUAGAUCUGGUAAAUCCAGAGAAACAAUUUGUUAAGACUUAUGUUCAAUUGAUGGACUUAUCCAAAAAUGCAACUCCUGAUCAGUUUAACUCAACCCACGAUUACAACAAUCUUGCUUCACUAGGUCCAAGUUUGCCAAAAUUCAAGUACCAAUUCCCAGCUGGCUCUACAGAUCAGGAUAGUGGUAAUCUGAUUAUAAUUGCAAAGUUCAAAUCCAUCAAACCUCCAUUUAAAUUUGCAACGGAUCUCAACAUAUCAUCAUCAGAAUCAAUUUAUAAAAUUAAAAUGGAGUUGAUUGAUUCAGUUGAGUCACUAAAAAAUUCAAAUAUCAAACCUCAGGAUGUAAAAUUGAUGGUGAAGUCAAAAGUAGCGCAAGAUACAUCUACAUUAUCUACAUUGGCCGGGGAAAACCAAGAAAUAAGUUUCAAUUGCAUUAUAUCGAAUACAUCAAGUACAACAUCAACCAAAGAACCAGAACCAGCUAUUGCUACCUCAAAUGACGAUCCAGAUAUUGAGCAACCAUUUGAUUUAUCCGCCACAUCAUGGUCUAAAAUUUAUGAAAUUUUAUUACUGGAGGUGAAAGACCCGACUAAGGCGAAAAAUAUACUCCAGAAUUUUAAACAAAGCAUAUAG